UGCGCAGGAGAAGGCGAGCACCAUCGCCUCACGGUUAUCCCUCUCUCUCUCUCUCUGUGUGAAGCGCUUGGCGAGAGGCCUUUCCAGCGGCCAUGAACGGCUUCGGCGGCGGCGGGGGCAGCGCUGGCCUCGGCCCGCUCCGGAGCAGCGGCGGAGAAACAGUUGAAAAAAUCGACAUGUCGCUGGAUGAUAUAAUUAAACUGAACAAGAAAGAAGAGCGGAAGCAGUAUUCCCCCAGGAUGAAGAGGGGGGUUCAACAGAACGGCACAUUCAGGACGAGGAGGACCAAGUGGGGAAUCCAGGACUACACAGGGUUUGGCAAGAACCGCUUGGGGCGCAGGAGGCGGCUGGCAGGGAAGAGGCGCCCCUAUGCUGUCAAGACCGGACUGGCGGCUAGAAAAGCCUUAGGAGCCCACAAAGGCAUCAGCCCUCUCAACAGAUCGCCUCUCAGUGAAAAGAAUAUACAGCGAAAUUACUCAAUUUUAAAAAGGAAGACGACCGUUCAGAGACCGGCGGAGUUACAGAGGAAACAAGGGGCCAUUCUCAGGAGGCCUACCUUGUUAAACAGAAGGCCUAAUAUACAGCCCCCAUCUGCCAGGAUUGGAAAUAAGUUAUACCAGCAGAAAGACACACGCCAAGCAACUUUCCUCUUCAGGAGGGGCCUGAAGGUGCAGGCACAAGUACAUCCUGAAGAGGAUCUCAAUGGCCAGAGCACAAAAAGAACUAAUCCAUGGCGAACGUCCACUACAAAUGGAGGAAUCUUGACUGUAUCUAUUGACAAUCCUGGCGCGGUCCCUUCUCCAAUUUCCUUGAAGCCAAGGAUAAGCAGUACUCCCAUCCCUCCUUUUCUUAUGAAGAGGGACCAGUCAGACGAGAAGAAGGUCCCAAAAGGAGUCCCACUGCAGUUUGACAUCAACAGCGUUGGGAAACAGACCAACAUGACCCUCAACGAGCGCUUUGGGAUCCUGAAGGAGCAAAGGACAGCCAUCUCUCAGAACAAAGGCAGCCGUUUUGUGACUGUGGGGUAGGGGUAUCAAAGGGACCCCCAUCUUUUGAAGGAAGUGUGGGGCCUAUUGGACUUUGCCUCAAGAUGUUGAUGAAUCUAAACUUUUUUGUAAAAGAAUUUACUUCACUUUAAAUAAUUGGGGAGGAAACACAACCCUAAGAUGAUAGCGGACCAUAAAAGCCAGAACAUUCAGUACGCAUUUUGUCAGGGCGCAAAAACCACAGCAUGGAGGGGAAAAGCAAAGAUGGUGACUCUUGAGUUCUUAAGCAGCCAGUGGAUGUUGAGGCUUCAUUGGCCUUUGCCCCAUUUGUUGCAAGUGGUGUCAUUUUAUCGCUGCCAAAAGUUUGACACCGGCCUCUCAGCGACGAACGUUGGCGCCUUCCUGCUGCUCAGUCAAAUCUCAGUGCGCCAUUUGGCACUGCGCAUGCAAUCUGCAUCCCACCUGCCAUCACACUUUUUGGCGUGACCACAUUUUUUAGGCACAUACUUGAGGAAUCAACACAUUAGUUCAAUGUUUCAUCCCCUAGAUGACACCAA